AUGGCCUCACAUGGAGCACCCAAAGUCUAUCGAGCGACGAACCUCCCGCACCAUGUGGAUCGCCUAGCGGCGACCGAGUUGCUCGCACAGUGCAUCCCGGGUGUUGCCCUCGAAGACAUCCAGAUAGAGUCUCUUGCUCCUGUUGUUGAUCCCUGGGCGAGUGAGCCCACAAAGGUAGCUACAUUGAGGUUCAAAUCUGCACCCGUGGCUCUUGCUCAAGGGCCUGGUCGCAUGGAAUGGUCGUUCCCGAUGCUGGGCUCCCUUCGUUCGAUUAACCUGGACAUCCACUUCUACGGCCUCACUCCGUUGAACGAGAUCAAUGAAAAUAGCCACACCGAUGAUUGUAUCGUGAUAUCCGGCCUUGCAAGCCACCCUAUGGGAUCGUGGCAGCCACGGGGCGAUAAAUCUUUCAUGUGGAUACGUGAUGCUCUACCCAGCCGAUUCCCCGGUGUUAGAUUCAUCAUUUACGGCUAUGACACAGCCCUAUCUGGGAGUAAAUCUUUCCAGGUUGUGCCAGACAUAGCAGGAUCCUUGAUAUCGGAGCUAAAAGCUAAUGGCUGGGCUGCUCCGGCCGCCAAGCCUAUCAUAUUCCUUGCUCAUAGUCUUGGAGGUGUAGUCUUGAAGCAGAGCAUGGUCAUGCUGGCGGGGAGUGGAGUAAGGGAAAGACAAAUCAUCCGCAACAUCAAAGGCGCGAUAUUUUUCGGAGUUCCGACUGUGGGAAUGGCAGUGCCUGACAUCUAUGAGAUGCUCGAGGAUCAGCCGAACACGGCCCUCCUGGAUUAUCUUUCCAAUCGUUCAGACUAUGUUCCAACGCUAGAGAAGCAGUUUGAUGGAAUCUCUUACACUCGAGACAUGGUGCUCUUUUGGGCGUACGAAACACAAGCAACGCCCAGUUUAUCUAAUUCUAGUGGAGGCUGGAAGCGAUCCGGCCCAGACACGGUCAUGGUCUCACCGGAGUCUGCCACUGGCGGCCGGCAUGGAAUCUCCCCGGAGCGCCUCCUUCAGAUAGACGCCGACCACUCGAACAUGGUGAAGUUUAAGCCCGGGGACCGGCUAAUACCUAUAAUGGCAGACAAAAUUAGAGAAAUCAUGGAUAAUGCUAUGAUUUAUGCCUCUACAAAGAGACCUGGCCGGGUGAUCUCUGGAACGCCGGCCAACCGGUCAAAACGUCCUGUUUCGAAUGCGUUUACAGGAAAUGGGACAAUGAAAGCCUCCAAGAUCCUUACAAAUGACAUCCCUUGGUUCAGUCAAGCUAAUCCGGAACUAGUUCUCAGAAAGUCCCUACUGGCCCCUGAACAGGAUCUUAGAUUAUAUACCAUUGACGAGAACACGAAAAAUACGUUUGGUUGGGUCUAUGAUCACCCGGAUAUCAAUCUGGCUUCGUGGCUUCUAAAAGGGGAAGGGAUUUUCUGGCUGAGCGGGAAGCCUGGCUCUGGGAAGUCCACCAUGAUGAAGUUCAUUUGGAAUGACUCCCGUACGUUUGAGCUUCUUCACCGUUGGGGAUCAAAACAUCAACAGAUUCUUAUCAACUUUUUCUUCCACCACCGAGGAUCAGUCAUUCAAAAGUCAUUUGAGGGUCUCAUCCAGAGCAUUCUAUUCCAAAUCAUCGGCAAAGAGCCUCAACUCUGCACCUUAUUAGAGCGGAUUGUCGAGAAAACAUUCCCGCAAAAUAUUGCUGCCUGGAGAGACUCAAUAGAUCGUGCCGAGUCGGAAGAAGUUCGUGCCAAGCAGAAAGAAGCUCGUGCCAAGCUGAGAGAAGAUCGCGCCGAUUUGGAUGAUGACGUCGAUUUGGAAGACACCGAGUUGGAGCUGCCUGCGAGGCUUUGGACAAGGAGGGCAUUAGAAGAGUGCUUGUACGCUCUCUUACUUCAAGAUAAGGUCGACCUCGACCUCUUUCUUCUUCUUGACGCGCUCGAUGAGUAUGAUGGGCGGCCUGAGUUCAUCGCCGAUUUCUUAAAACGAAUGAUUGACGCUUCGUCACGGACGCGAGUCCGAAUUUUGUUUUCCAGCCGGCCGUGGAAAGUGUUCCAGGAUGAAUUUGCUUCAUGCCCUGGAUUCAAGAUCCAUGAGCACACGGAAGAUGAUAUCCGAAAGUAUGCCGUUGAGUCCGUGCCGCCUGGCGCAGGAGUGCUGCUUGGAUUGACAGAACAAAUCGUGCAUCGAUCCCAGGGCGUUUUUCUCUGGGUCAAGCUGGUCAUGCGUCAGCUGUCAUCAGUUGUAGCCGAGCCAUGGCAAGAGAAUGUUGAUGGCCAGGGGCUGAGCUUCAGAUUGGAAAUGAAGCUGAAGGAACUACCAGACCAACUAGAUGAUUUCUACUACACAAUUGUGGAAAGAAUACCCGAUGUAUUCCGAUGGGACACAUAUGUUUUGCUUGAAUGCAUGGUCCGGUCCCGCGAUAAUUUAAACGUCGAGGAAGCGUUAAGCCUCUUAAAUCUGUCCAAAGAAGCAACUUCUGUAGACUGGGGGAAAUAUCUUGAUGGGACAACGAAUCUAUCCAAAAAAGAGCUAGCGAAAGGAAUCCACCAGCUAAAAGCGAUCUCGGGAGGUCUUCUCGAAAUAUCGGAACCCAACAAGAAAACGUUUUAUGAUAUGGUCACCUGGUAUAAUCAACCUGCUUCGGCAGAAGAAACGAUACACUGGGGCGACACCUCUUUGCCAAUCAUCCAGUUUAUGCACCAGACGGUUCAAGAAUUCGUUCAGGAGCCCGGGUUUCGACAUGCGAUACUGGGCGUUCGCGGGAAAACAACCAAUGCUAAUGGCCAUUCCUUCAUGACGGAGUACUUGUUCCAUCAGAAUGUUUUCCCAGGAGCACGGCAAAUCACAGCCUUUCAUGGGACGGAUCAAGAGAAGAUGGAACGCCUGAUUCCACUAUUUUUCCAUGCAAGAGAAGCAGAAAAAACAACCGGAACUGGCCAGCACUUCCUCGUCAGGGAUAAAACUAUACUCGACGAUUGGACCCCGUUGACAUUUUGUGUCGCAGCCGGGUUGCGUUUGCUCCUGAGGGAAAUUCUGCAGCAACAUGCAGAUGCUAUGUUGAAAUGCAAAGGCGGCCUUCUUCCAACAAUAUUGCUCUCCCUAAAGAAAAGAUAUCUUGAUCCUACAGACGCCAUUCAAAUGAUAGUUGACAUUGUGGAACAUGGAUACAGAAUCGAAAAGGAUUUAGACAGUAUGCAUGAACUCUUCGUCAAGAUUUGGAAAAACCGCCUUUACCAUGUUACGGGUGCAACGGACGAGGACAUUUGUAACCGCAGAGAUUACAUCACCAUGACAUCAGAAGCCCUCAGGGGACUUACGGACAAAACCAUCCUGUUCCGAAAGCGAGACAGCAAGUUUUCAUUGAUUCACAGAUGCCCACCAGAGCUCAUGAGCCAACUGCUGGCAUUGGGCGUCAACCCUAACUCUGGUGGUCACGCAGGUGGUCACUCAGUACUGGACUCUUUUAUUCUUAAUAUCUCUCCUAUCGAUACAAUCUUCAUCGACUCUGCCAUAUACGAUGCUUUCAGGGCCCUCAUCGAACACGGGGCCGUCCUACACACGACGAAGCGCCGGGUAUGGGAAGAUCUAACUCAAAGGUUUGCUGACCGUGGCUACGACAUGAGCUUUCUGCCAGACUAUACCAGCUUGAAAUCUUCACAUUUCCGCAGUCUCAUAGCAGAAACAAUGCCGCCGUCAAAUUCUGUGCCAGAUAUGCCCGCUGAGCAAGGAAAAGCCGUUGUACAACCCGGAAGAUCUCGCUUCUCUGAAAAAUUGAAAAGGCUGUCAACUUCAUUCCAAAAGUCUCCAUUCAAGCGCAGCGACAAGGAGAGGAAGGUCAAAGCCUCCGCGACCGGCACCGGUAGCGAGACCACAAGCCUCGCAUAG